AUAGAUUGACGUAUAUAUAUCUAAUAUUGAAAUAUAUAUUUUAGUUCUUUCGUGUUUAAAUAAGUGGGAAGGGCACUAUGGGGACCGAAAUUAAUGUUAUUAAGAAUGACGUAUUUUUGCGUACUUUAAAGCAAUCAGGCCAUGUUGGAUUUGAUAGCCUGCCUGACCAACUGGUCAAUAAAAGUGUACAAAAUGGAUUUGUGUUUAAUGUUAUGUGCAUAGGUGAAACUGGGCUUGGAAAAUCAACAUUGAUGGAUACCCUUUUUAACACUAGUUUCGAAUCUGUUCCAAGUCCUCAUACCUUACCAACUGUGAAACUUAAGGCACAUACUUAUGAAUUGCAGGAGAGUAAUGUUCGUCUAAAAUUAACUAUUUGCGAUACUGUGGGAUAUGGUGAUCAAAUAAACAAGGACGAUUCUUUUAAAGCCGUUGUAGAUUAUAUAGAUGCACAAUUUGAAGCAUAUUUACAAGAAGAAUUAAAGAUAAAACGAUCACUCAUAACAUGUCAUGAUAGUAGAAUACAUGCUUGUUUAUACUUUAUAAGUCCUACUGGUCAUGGUCUUAAAUCUUUAGAUUUAGUUUGCAUGAAAAAACUUGAUAGUAAGGUUAAUAUCAUACCUAUAAUUGCAAAAGCAGAUACUAUAUCAAAAGCAGAAUUGUUGCGUUUUAAAUCAAAAAUUAUCCAAGAGUUAGCCAAUAACGGCGUACAUAUAUAUCAGUUUCCAACUGAUGAUGAAACGGUUGCAGACACAAAUACUGCAAUGAAUGCUCAUGUCCCAUUUGCAGUUGUUGGUAGUACAGAAUUUAUUAAAGUUGGAAAUAAGUUGAUACGUGCACGUCAAUAUCCUUGGGGUACCGUACAGGUUGAAAAUGAGACACAUUGCGACUUUGUAAAACUACGCGAAAUGUUAAUUCGCACAAAUAUGGAAGAUAUGCGUGAGAAAACACAUACACGCCAUUAUGAACUCUAUAGACAGAAACGUUUGGAGCAAAUGGGAUUCAGUGAUGUUGAUAACGAUAACAAACCAAUUUCAUUCCAACAAACUUUUGAAGCUAAGCGAUCUAAUCACUUAGCAGAAUUACAAGCCAAAGAAGAGGAGGUGCGGCAAAUGUUCGUACAACGUGUUAAAGAAAAAGAAUCUGAGUUAAAGGAAAGUGAAAAGGAGUUGCAUACUAAGUUCGAUAAACUUAAACGGGAUCACGCUGAGGAGAAGCGUAAGCUUGAAGAAUCUAGAAAAAAGCUUGAAGAAGAUUUUGUUGAAUUUAGUCGACGAAAGGCACAACUUGCUGCUUCACAUCACACAUUAACUUUGGGAAAAAAUAAAAAAAAGUAAUUCAUUUAAUAAGAAUAUUAAUUCCAUAUAUUCUUAUUAAAGUAUUCUUUUUAUAUAUUCUGCUUUAUAUUAUUUAUGUCAUAUACGAAAAAUUAAAUGUAUAUUAUAUUUAUGUUAAUGAAACCGCUUAUAUACAGUUAAUAUAUUAGUUCGUAGUUAUAACUACAUACAUAUAUAUUAUAUAUAUGAUAUCUCCUUUCGAAUUUUAACAUACAUUAAAAAUAUAUUCUUUUAAUAUUCGAUGAGCAUUUGUUUAAUAAGAAAACAAAGUAUUAUAUACACAUUCAUUCAUAACGCCAAGAUAAUAAAAGUACAUUUUUAUUCAAUUUGUAUUUCUAAAAUAUUUUUAUUCUCCAUAGAUAUUUAUUUAUAAUAAAUUAGUACAU